ACUUGAAGCCCUAUUUUCCAUUUAUCAUACUAGCUUAGCUCCUUCCUAGUUUCCUUCGCCGAAACCCCAAACCCUAGCGUGAGGUUUCUCAAAUUUUUUUGUUGGAUUUGAGUUUUUCGUUUCCAUUCGGAUUACAAGCUACGACCCUAAAUCUUUUGUAUUAGGGUUUCAAUUUCUUUUGAAGAGUUGUUUGUACUGUAGAUCUUGACUAUACGUACAUAAAUCUGUUUGAGGAUGUCACGAUGCUUCCCUUACCCUCUGCCUGGGUAUUCUGCGAAGAGAGACAGCAACGUGGCCUUGAUCGAAACGAUUAAGCUCCAGAGGGAAAGGGAAGAGAAGGCCAGGACAGAAAGGAAGAAAGAAAGUAAGGGGGAGAAGAAAGAGAAAAAGAGUGAGAAGAAAGCAACUGCGAAGCACAAUGGUAGUGAAUUUGGCCAUGGUAAAAAAAGAAAGUUUAAUGAUGAGAAGACUAAAAAAUUGGAGGAAGAAAGAGUAUAUUUGAAAGGGACACACAUUCAGAAGAAUAGAGAAGAUGAAGCCGAACAGUUGGAGAGGAGUGGUCUCACUGAAGAACAUGAGCUGCCUGUCUGUUCACGAAACCCCUGCUACACAUCUGACAGCACCGAAAACAGCAGCAAAAGGAGGAAGCAGUUGCCACCUGUGAAUGGCAUCCGUGCACAUGGGAACAUCAUAAGGAUUCGAUUAACCUCACAAAAGCAAAAAGAAUCUGAUGAUGUGGUUACCAAAGAGAGGCUCACCUCUACUUCUGGAAGGACAGAUUCAACUAGUCAACACGAUUCUGAAAUUGGUCUUGGACGGAGUCAAGAGUUCUGUUCUACUUCAGUGGGUAUUGAUGCAUCUUCGCAAGUUCUCACUACUCAACCUAUCAAAGACGAAGGUGGUUCAUCUUCUGGGAUUGCUUCUAUUGCUACAUCCUAUGUGAAUAAGAUUCCGAAAGUUGAUUCAUUUUACAAAGAUCUGAUUGAGAAUUGGGUCCCACCACUCGUACAAAGUGAGCAGACAGAUCUUGGUGAACAAGAAUGGUUAUUUCAGAGAAAGAAUCAAGAUGGGGAAAGAUGUCAAGCUAGCAGCAAUGUAUUGUGUAGGGGCAGUUCAACUUUGUGGCCUCAUGCCCAAUACUUGCCUGAGGUUGAUAUUUAUGCCUUGCCCUUCACAGUUCCUUUUUGAGUUCAAUUAUUGUUACUCAGAUUACGUUUGUGUAUAGUUAAUGUGAAAGCUUGAUGCUCCAAAGUUUUGUAGUAGAUCCCAGAAAAUUAUUAUAUUCAUUUAUUGAAGUGGUUGAAGACCAUGAUUAUAUGAAGGUUGGACAGUUUUUAUUUGUCCAAUAUCUUAUUUAUGAUUA